AUGGAGCAAGAAGGAAAAGCUGUCGGAAUUGAUUUGGGAACGACAUAUUCAUGUGUUGGUGUUUGGCAAAACGACAGAGUUGAAAUUAUUGCCAACGACCAGGGUAAUCGCACAACUCCUUCAUAUGUUGCUUUCACCGAUACAGAACGUUUAAUUGGUGACGCUGCCAAAAACCAAGUUGCUAUGAAUCCUUAUAACACAGUAUUUGAUGCCAAACGUCUUAUUGGUCGACGGUUUGCCGAUCAAGAAGUACAAUCUGAUAUGAAGCAUUGGCCAUUCAAAGUAAUUGAUAAAAGUGGGAAACCAUACAUCCAAGUUGAAUAUAAAGGUGAAACCAAACAAUUUACUCCCGAAGAAGUCUCAUCUAUGGUGUUAACUAAAAUGAAGGAAACGGCUGAAGCCUUUUUGGGUACAAAAGUCAAUAAUGCUGUUAUCACAGUACCCGCGUAUUUUAAUGAUUCACAACGUCAAGCUACAAAGGAUGCGGGUAUGAUUUCUGGAUUAAACGUUCUCCGUAUAAUUAAUGAACCAACGGCCGCUGCUAUUGCAUACGGUUUGGAUAAAAAAGCUGAAGGCGAACGUAAUGUUCUUAUUUUUGAUUUGGGUGGUGGUACAUUUGAUGUAUCUCUUUUAACUAUUGAAGAAGGAAUCUUCGAAGUAAAAGCCACUGCUGGUGAUACUCAUCUUGGUGGUGAAGAUUUUGAUAACCGUCUCGUAAAUCACUUUGUUCAGGAAUUUAAGCGUAAAUUCAAAAAAGAUCUUACUUCAAAUGCUCGUGCACUGCGUCGUCUUCGUACCGCAUGUGAACGUGCGAAACGUACACUAUCAGCAUCUACUCAGACUUCUAUUGAAAUUGAUUCUCUUUUCGAGGGUAUCGAUUUCUAUACUUCAUUAACUCGUGCUCGAUUUGAAGAAUUAAAUCAAGAUUUAUUCCGAUCCACCAUGGAACCUGUCGAGAAAGUACUACGUGAUGCAAAAAUAGAUAAAGCAUUAGUUCAUGAAAUAGUAUUAGUUGGCGGUUCUACUCGUAUUCCCAAGAUCCAAAAAAUGGUAUCUGAUUUCUUUAAUGGAAAGGAACCAAAUAAGUCCAUCAAUCCUGAUGAAGCUGUAGCUUAUGGAGCAGCUGUGCAAGCUGCUAUUUUAUCUGGUGUUACAUCAGAGAAGACUCAAGACUUGCUUCUGCUCGAUGUUGCGCCUCUUUCACUCGGAAUUGAGACCGCUGGUGGUGUCAUGACACCUCUUAUUAAGCGUAAUACCACAGUACCGACCAAAAAAUCCGAAGUCUUCUCUACAUACUCUGAUAAUCAACCCGGAGUACUUAUUCAAGUAUACGAAGGAGAACGUGCUCGUACUAAAGAUAAUAAUCUUCUCGGAAAAUUCGAAUUGACGGGUAUUCCGCCUGCACCUCGCGGUGUACCUCAAAUCGAAGUAACAUUCGAUAUUGAUGCCAACGGUAUUCUUAAUGUUUCAGCUGUCGAUAAGACUACAGGACGAUCAAAUAAGAUUACAAUUACUAAUGAUAAGGGUCGACUGUCAAAAGAAGAGAUUGAACGAAUGGUUGCUGAUGCUGAGAAAUAUCGUGCUGAAGAUGAAAAGGUUGCCCAAAAGAUACAGGCACGUAAUGGUUUAGAGAGUUACUCAUAUAAUCUACGAAAUACACUUCAGAAGAUCGCCGGAAAACUUGAAGCAUCAGAUAAAAAGAAACUUGAAGAUUCUAUCCAAGAGACCAUCACAUGGCUAGAAAAUAACCAAGAAGCAGAAAAAGAGGAAUAUGAAUAUAAACAGAAAUCACUUGAAGAAGUGGCAAAUCCGAUUAUGAUGAAACUUUAUGGUGGUGCCGGUGCUCCUGGUGGUGCCCCAGGAGGAGGUGCAUUCCCUGGUGGUGCACCUGGUGGGUUCCCUGGUGCUGGUGGUGCUGCUACUGACGAAUCUGGUCCAACAAUCGAAGAAGUUGAUUAA